UUGAAUGUGCAAGUCUGUGUCCAAUCUCUCAGUGAGUGAGAGCAGGGCUGCUGGAGUGAUAUAGAGAGGGUCCACACACAGAGAGACAAAAAUUCAAGGGGGAGAUGUCUCAUUUCGGUGUUUGGCUGAGUUUAAGCAGAGGGAAGGCAGGUCUCGCUGCUGUCCUGCAGGCUUCCACGUUCCCCCAGGCGGCAAAGCACACUGCAGCCAAACUCCAGGAGACCAAAGACGCCGGAGAUGUUGGAAUCCGCCUGAACAAAUCCUCGCCGUCCGGGGCUAAACCCCAGGGAGUGAAAAGCUUGUCCGAAAUGCCCGGACCCAGCACUUGGAGCAACUUGGUGCAGUUUUUCUUGCGAGACGGAUUCAGCAGAAUACAUGAUAUACAACUCCAACACACAAAGCAAUAUGGCAAGAUCUUCAAGUCGCACUUUGGACCUCAGUUUGUCGUCUCUAUCGCUGACCGGAACAUGGUGGCUCAGGUGUUGAGGGCAGAGAGCAGAGCCCCUCAAAGGGCUAAUAUGGAAUCAUGGCAGGAGUACAGACAGUUACGGGGAAGGGCAACAGGAUUGAUAUCUGCAGAAGGAGAGCAGUGGCUCAGGAUGAGGAACGUGCUGAAACAGCGCAUCAUGAAGCCCAAGGACGUAGCCAUGUUUUCAGAAGGAGUGACUGAUGUAAUCGCAGAUUUGAUCAAAAGGAUGAAGCACAUGAAGGCUCAGGAACGUGCCUCAGAGACUAUAGCCGAUGUGAACGACUUGUUCUUUAAGUUCGCAAUGGAAAGUGUUGCCACUAUCCUUUUCGAAACUCGGCUUGGCUGCUUGGAAAACCAGGUCCACCAAGAAACCAGGGACUGUAUGGAAGCUCUGGAUCUCAUGUUCCGCACCUUCAAGGCCACCAUGUAUGCAGGUGCCAUUCCCAAGUGGCUCCGUCCUUUCAUCCCCAAACCUUGGAAUGAGUUCUGCCGGUCUUGGGAUGGGCUUUUCCGAUUCAGUCAGAUGCAUGUUGACCGGAAGAUGGUUCAGAUCAAGCAGCAGUUGGAGCAGGGGCAGGCUGUCCAGGGCGGGUUACUGACCUGCUUGUUGGCCAAAGAGGAGAUGACCCUGGAGGAGAUUUACGCAAAUACAUCGGAGAUGCUGCUAGCAGGCGUUGAUACGACUUCCUUCACAUUAUCGUGGUGCAUGUACCUUCUGGCCAGGUAUCCUGCUGUUCAAGGGCUGGUGUAUGAAGAGAUUGUUCAGAACCUUGGAUCCAAUGUGACCCCAACAGCUCAGGAUCUGUCCAAAUUACCUCUGGUCCGAGGAGUCCUCAAGGAAACCUUAAGGCUGUUCCCUGUCCUUCCCGGGAAUGGUCGGGUCACCCAGGAGGACAUGAUUGUCGGUGGAUACUUCAUUCCAAGCGGGACUCAGCUUGCCCUCUGCCACUACACCACUUCUCACGACAGUGAUGUUUUCGAAAAGCCCAGUGAGUUUCAGCCGCACCGUUGGCUGCGGAACACGGACACAGAUCGCGUGGAUAACUUCGGAGCAAUCCCGUUUGGUUAUGGGGUGCGGAGCUGCGUGGGACGGAGGAUUGCGGAGCUGGAGAUACACCUAGCGCUUAUACAGCUCCUGCAAGCCUUUGAGGUCCAGCUGGCCCCCAACACUGGGACAGUUCCUGCCAAAACGCAAGGCCUGCUGGGCCCAGGGAAGCCCAUCGACCUGAAGUUUGUGGACAGGAAGUAAUGCGACUGGCAGGGGACAUGGGAGGCACAAAGUGGGCACCUCAGGAACUGAAAGCAUUUCUGCCAGCGACUUUCAAGGCAUUUGGAUAAACAGUGACAGGUGAUGAAGAAACAUGACAGAGGCUUUGACUCGACUCAUGUUUAACUGCGCGCAGAAAGUAGAUUGCUCAAUGUCACGUUGAUGGGAAAGGUCAUCAUCUGUUGGAAGUGCCUGGAUGAGGAAUGUUUAUUUGGUAACCACUUGGGAAGGCUUUAGGAUGACAUAUUGUCACUUCACAAACCCUAACACCACGCGCCACCGCCAUUCAUACCCCGCCCGACAUUUUUUCCCCCCUCCAGCAAUUUCUCAGUACCUCCACUGUCCGUCUGCAUAGGGGCCAUUUUCACUUGAAGACGAAAUUGUGAUGCUUGAUUUCUCAGCAAUCCAGGAAUGCCACACCAAAGUGGUGGCCCCUUUAAGGCAGGCAACAGCCCAGCAACAUUAAGGAGGCCAUGCUUUGCAAGAAAGGGACCACGCCCAGCUAAGGAGUACUGGAACAGUGGGAGGGAGGGUUGACUUGCUGUUAGACCCCUGCUUUUUAAGACUGUGGUCGCCCCCACUACAUGUGAGUUUACAGUCUGCAGCAAUUGCAAACUCUGUAGGGUGGCCUCGAAAGGAGGCCCCUUCAUUAAAAUACAUAGGAAUGCCACCCCCACCAUCUUAUAACUCAGCAGGAUGGAGCACACACACUUUUGGACUUCAGUCCUGUUGAAAGCCUAUUUGAUUCAGGAAAUUUCAGUUCACACAUGUUAAGUUGGAGGGAACUGUUCCAAAUUUGGGAGUUCAAAAAUUCCUAAUGAGUCAGUGGUGGUUGGAGGGGGUGCAGGGUUGCUGAGUACAUUUUCAAAUCCGCGGAUGUGGCUUAAAAAUCAUGUUUUUUGAAAAUAUAAACAAAUGUACGUUAACAGUUUCCUUACAAACGUGGUGUGAUUAUUUAAUCUCGA